AUGAUAACAGGGAGAAAAUCAUUUCCCUGGAAGUCUAUCCUGUGUGGAUUUCUGUGUGUCCUUCUUGUUCUCGCAGUUCUCGCCAUCUUGCUCUGGUACUUCUUAUAUUACCAGUGUCCAUUUGGGAAGUCAUGCAGUCCUGGUGGCGUGUGUCUGAGCACCACCCAGUGGUGUGAUGGUGUAAAGGAUUGUCCUGAUGGAGAGGAUGAAUCUCACUGCUUUCGCCAACGUGACACCGAUUUCUUGCUGGAAAGUUAUUCAUCAAACCAUGAUGCCUGGUUGCCUGUGUGUGCUGAGAACUGGGAUGUCAGCUAUGGCAAAACUGUGUGUGAGCAGAUUGGCUACAGCAGGACAGAUUUUAAGAGCUCCAGUCAAAUCAGCACGAGCAUUAAUGCCCCCGACGGAUACCUGAAGCUAAAGCCUGGAAGCAGCAGUGUGUCACCAGUACAUUCACAACUCCUACACAGCCCAGGUUGCUCGGCCCAAGCUGUCAAACUGCAAUGCAUUGAAUGUGGCACGCGUUCAGCAGCUUCCAGCAGUCGCAUCGUAGGCGGCAAGGAGGCUGCGAUGGGCGACUGGCCGUGGCAGGUCAGCCUCCAGAGGGGAAAUAGACACGCUUGUGGAGGCUCCAUCAUUAGCCCAAACUGGGUCCUGUCUGCAGCGCACUGCUUCCAUCCUAACACAGACCCUACAGUGUGGAGGGUAGCCUAUGGGCAUGUGAAGCUGUCCGAGAUGGUCUUCAGGAGCUUAGUUCAGAAAAUCAUUAAUCAUAAGUAUUAUGACCCUGAAACGAAUGCCUUCGAUGUUGCUUUGCUGAAGCUCCAAGAUCCUAUAACUUUUACAUCAACAGUUAGGCCGGUGUGCCUCCCCAAUGUUGGUCUGAAUGUUAAUGAGGACAGCAACGCCUGGAUCACUGGUUGGGGGGCUUUGUACUCUGGGUCAUCAGUUACUCCUAAUAGCUUAAACGAGGCCCAGGUCACUGUUUACGACAGAGACACCUGUAAUGCUGGUAGCGUGCUGGAUGGGAAGGUCACUGAGACCAUGUUCUGCGCCGGCAAACUGGAAGGAGGCGUCGACAGCUGCCAGGGCGACAGUGGAGGACCCCUGGUAGUUAACAAAGGAAAUAUAUGGUGGCUCAUAGGGGACACCAGCUGGGGUUAUGGAUGCGCUAUGAGGAACAAACCAGGAGUAUAUGGCGAUGUAACCUACUUUACGGAAUGGAUAUAUAAACAGAUGCAGAAUCAGUGAAAAAGACGAGGCUGAAGACCGUUUGGACCAAUGCACUUUUAAAUGAAAACUUGGAGAAAAUCUACUGAUCAAUGAAAACUUUUACUAAAUGAAUGAUAGAAAUAAUUCUUAAAGUUUAAGGGGUUUUUUUUGUACAUAAACAUUUUAUGUUUGUAUUUCAAAUGAUUUUGCCUAUUUAUUUAUUUUAUUUUUUGUGAUGACUUGAAAACAAAAAUGCAAAUCUGAGAGGCAAAUAUAACAUUAUUUGGUCAAAUUAUAUUCUACUAAAUUAUGAGCAUAUGAGGAAAACACAUAAAUGAAAUGAAAUAAAUGUUGGUUUAGCUUUAUAAACGACAGCUCAAAACAUGUUGGCAUGGGGAAUGAUGGAAUCCCCAUUAGCAUUUUGUUAGCUUGGCUUACAAAACAGUAAACACAUGACAUCAAAAAUUAUUGAAACCCCAACUUUUUAGCUGGAAACCCUCCCUAAAUUUGACAGACCUGUAACCUCCUUUUAUCUACAGUUUUCAGUAGUCUAUCAUAUCAAGCCCACAGCAGAGAAGCUGCCCUUUCCUUACAGACGUGCCAUUCCUAAAUUCUCUGGCAUCUUAAAGUUCCCAAUAAUUGCAGGGAGAAAUGUUGAAUGGUCUGGUUUUGCAGUAAUCUGUUUCAGAAAUUAACCAUCCACUAAGCCUUUGAUCUUACUGCAGAUUCAGACUCUUUGGCCCUGUGGCCUUCCAUACUGGUGUCUCCCUGGUGCGAACCUCAGGGGAGUUUCACAGCUAAGAGAUUGAGAGUACAUGAGGUAAGGCUCAGUGGCGUAACCCGGACGGAUAGUUGGAAAAGAAAAAGAAAUCUUGCCACCCCUGUUGCCAUGCCGCUGAAAACAUUAACACUGUUUUAAAUUUAAAAACAUUUGCGAAGACAACAGUCA